AUGACUCCCACACCAGGUCUAGGGAUUAUUAUGAUAGGACCGGACGAUGGUUUCGACAGGUUCAGUCUAGCCGGCCUACCCAGGCUUUCUCUUCAGGCAUUAGAUGGUGGUUGGAGUGAGGCCAGUUCGAGUCAUGGCCGUGAGGUGUUUCAGUUGGGUUCUUCAGUCAAUGGUGGGCAUUCUUCUGGGAGUCGUCCUCAAGAGGGUUGCUAUGAGUGUAGUGAGAUGGGUCAUUGGGCCAGGUACUGCCCUCAGCAUAGUCGUAGUUCUCCCGCUCCUGAGGCAGGUCCCCCAUCUUUACCAGCACCUCCAGCUAAAGUCCGUGGUCAGGGUCAGGACCGUAGAGAUGGUCAUCAGGGUAUACGGGAUAGUCCCAAAGGAGGCAGGGACUGCCCUAAGCAUAGUCGGAUUACUCUCACUCCUCAGGCAGCUACCCCAUCUUUACCAGCACCUCCAUCUAGAGGUCGUGGUCAGGGUCAGGACUGUAGAGGUGGUCAUUAG